AAGUGAAAGCAUACGCAUCAACAACACACUCGGCGUCAAACUAUUAUCAAUAAGGUUGGUGUCAGAAAGGUAAGGACCAUGCCGAAGAAUAGUGUUGUCGGUUUGCAGCCUAAAAGAAACACUAAAUCCGCCUGAAACGACGCUGUAGCGAAAACGGAAGAAGAGAGAAGUGAAACCUAGACUUUUUGGAAGUCGCUCCAAACAGUUGACAGACUCUCUACGCACUUGCUUCCUGUUGUCAGUGUGGCUAAUAAACAUCCAGCGACGCGAUACAAUGUAAGAAAGCAGAGGACAGGUAACUACAGGAGGUGAACAACCCGCCGGACACCGUGUGUUUGUUUUCUACAUGAGCGUGUCUGCAGGAUGUCGCUGAGUUCAGGCGGCUGGACCCACACUCCGGACCAGUCCGCCGCCCUCCCCGCACACUAUGGGGCCUCGCAGUCACAACUUGGCUGCCAAACCGUCCUCAUGUCGGUUCGGGUGUCGGUGUGCCAUUCUGGUAUUCGGCCGCUGUGUCUUCCUGGAGCAGGUGAUGAGUCACUCCGCCUGCAGCUCAGCAUGGACCCGGGGAAAUCCGGGGAAUUCCGGCUGUCGCUCCAAGACAGCAGCGGGACUGGCCGGAGUGUGACCAUCGCUGAAUUUGAUUUGAGGACAGUAAACUAUGAGGUGAAGUCACCUAAGUGCCACGAGCUGAGUUUGGCAGCGCCUCCACAUGACCGCAUUAGCUUCAACUUCCGCUGUGAGCAGGAGGCCCAGGAGUGGGCUACGGUGGUGAUGUCCUCACUGAGAGAAGCACACAGAGUCAUCCCUCAAGAUAAUGGUCCACAGCGCCCCCUGGAUGGUCUCCAUCUUCAGAAAACCUUGGCCUUGCAACGAACAGAGGAAACCUGCAUAGAGCUGACUCGAGCCAUAGAAGCAGGUGACAUGCAGUCUGCUUCUCUCUUUGCUGCCACACUUGCCCGACAAAAUGUCGCACUCAAGAUUCAGCCCUCGACCAAAGACUAUGAAGACACUGAAAUCAACUUGACUGUAGCUGUUGAGGAUUCCUCUUCGUCUUGUUGUGUCACUGUGAAAGUUUUCCCACAUAUGACCACCGCAGCACUGAAACAGCAGGUGUUUCUUGAGUAUGGCUUUCACCCGCGGGUGCAGCGCUGGGUGAUCGGCCAGUGUCUUUGCACCGACCAGCGCUCUCUGGCCUCAUAUGGGGUUCGGCAGGACGGUGACACAGCCUUCUUGUACCUCCUGUCUGCCCGUCAUGCUCGCUUGACCCUCCAAGUCCUCCAGCAGGACCAGGAGAGUGCUCUCCUGCUCAAUCCUCCCGGUCUGUCAUCUUUCACCACUCCUAACCUCACUGCUGCCUCUGCAAAUGGCCCUUCAUCUUUAGACCGGAGACCUUACUCCACUCUGCCUCCCAGACUCAGCAGCGGCAGCACUGGUGGGUCAGAGAGAGGAAACAUCAGUGAGAUCAGAGAUCUCAUUAACCUAGAGAUGCCACAACUCAAUAAAGCACUGAGCCCCAACACAGCAUCAUCCCAGGGUUGGUCGUGUCCUUCUUGCACUUACAUUAACAAACCGACUCGGCCGGGCUGUGAGAUCUGCAGCACAAACCGCCCUGAGAACUACAUCGUCCCAGGGGGAUACCGACCUGAUGCACUGGAACUCAGACGGAUCCAGCAGGAGAAGGAGGCUAUCAGACAGUACCAGCAGGCGAGGGAAGCGGAGCGCAGGGAGAAUUUUGCCCGGCUGGUGAUGAUGGAUGGACAGGACCUGCUGCCUAACCCAGAGCCUGUGGACUGUAGGAUCUGCUACGUGGACCUGCAGCCUGGACAGGGGGUCCUGCUGAGGGAGUGUCUCCACUGCUUCUGCAGAGAGUGUUUAUGUUCAGUCAUCAUGCUGAGUGAGGAGCCAGAGGUGGCCUGUCCCUACAGAGAUGACACAUACUCCUGUACCUGCUCCCUGCAGGAGAGGGAGAUCAGAGCUCUGGUGCCAGCAGAGGAGUAUGAACGCUGGCUGCAAAGAGGACUGUCAGUGGCAGAGUCUCGAUGUGAGGGCAGCUACCACUGUGCCACCCCAGACUGUCCAGGCUGGUGUGUGUACGAGGACACAGUCAAUGUCUUCCACUGCCCUGUCUGCAGGAAGCACAACUGUCUGAUUUGCAAGUCUAUCCACGAGGGAAUGAACUGUAAGCAAUACCAGGAUGAUCUUGCAGCCCGCGCUAUAAAUGACUCUGCUGCCAGGAGGACGACACAUCUACUCAAGACUCUUGUGCAGUCAGGGGAGGCAAUGCACUGUCCCCAGUGUGGCAUCAUAGUGCAGAAGAGGGAUGGAUGUGAUUGGCUGCGCUGCACUGUCUGUCACACUGAGAUAUGCUGGGUAACCAGAGGACCUCGCUGGGGGCCACAGGGUCCUGGAGACACCAGCGGAGGAUGUCGCUGCAACGUCAACAACCAGAAAUGCCAUCCUAAAUGCCAAAACUGUCACUGAAAAUCUCAAGAGUGGUAAGAUUAUGAAAGGGAAUGAGAGACGCAGCUUAAAAUCUUUAAUUCUCUUAAACAGAGAAAAGAGGUGAAUAAAAAAGUAUUUAAGCAGAAACUGCAGGACUGUUACAUACAACACAUCCUCCUUGUUAUAACUGGAGACAUUCUCAGCUUCUUCUCAGCACAGGUCUAACCACCGUUUCUCUUGGCUUUUACUGCCAUCAGAAUAAUGUGAUUUUUAAUAGUCAAUUUUCAGAAUGAAUGAUCACAUGUGACUGUAGUGGUGAUAAGAGUGGUUAUAGGUAUGCAUGGAGAGAGUAUUAACUUUACAAUGACUGCAUUGCAGAUGUAGAGGUGUGUUGUUUUCUGUUUUGGUAGUUGCAUACCAGGAUGCAUAGCAUUAUUAAACUGAAAAGGCCUUAUUCUUGUGCACAAACGCUGUAGCAGGGUGUUUAAGAUGACAUUUUCUGGGAAACGUGACAAAAUCCUCGUUGUGUCCUUGAUAUGCAAUUUUUCUGCAUAGAGACAGAUCAAACUAGUGUGUGGAGUUACAUAUAUAGUUAUUUUACCGUGUGAAAGUCUGACUGCCAAAGAGGUUUGAAAUGUGUCUGAUUGUUAAUCCGAGUCUCAUGUUGUUUAACCACCUGACUCUGAGUGGAACGAGUUUGUUUGUUCAUCACUCACAUGCUUCUGUGUUUGACGAGCGGUGCAGGAGACGCUGACGUACUUCUGACCAGGUGUGAUGACAUCAUCAGUGAUCAGCAGAGUGUACUGAUUUACAGGCGCAUGUUAAUUGCAAUACUUGAAUACUUUGUGUGGAGGCACAUGUAAACACAUUUUGUCAAUAAGCUCAUCUUCCUGUUCAGUAACUCAAAAAUGAUUGGGUGCAGAUGGUGAUAUUAAUAACAUGUUUUUUAAUAAUGUGAAAGCUUUCUUACAGUGAUAAUAUUUUAAUAUUAAUUCAUCUAUGCAUGAAUAUGUUAUUUUAAUGGAAGUCAAAAACGUAUCCACUUAACCAGGAUAAGAGCAUGUAGGCUCACAAACUGCAGUGUGUGUGACCCUCCAGACUCUGCCCUGACUACACUACUGCCCCGCACUGACAAGCCAUCAACCAGUCUUCACUGUUACUGACUGUUAAUAUAUCAGCUCUGUGUUGCUGAUGUACAGUUGUGCCUUAAUUAUCAAUAAAUACACUCUAAACUCACA